GGAAAACAUGCCUUCUCUUUCUUUCUCUCCCCACGUCUCUAUAUACACAACUAUAGGAUUAUUCUUUUCCUUCACCAAACAAAAAACAAAACCAACCUAGCUAGGUAAUCCUAAUCAGAGUGCUUGUGAGAGGUGAUCAAAGCAAUAGAGAUGUCUUCGAGUGAUGAAUUCCCAGGAGUAGUACCAAGCCGUAGUGACGGAAAUGAUACACCAGGAAAACCAUUAACAGUGGGAUCACAAAUGAUAGAUAAAGGUGCACAAAUGCUUCAGUCUUUGAAACCAAUCAAACAGGUCAAUCAACAUGUUUGUACCUUUGCUAUGUAUAGCCACGAUAUGACUCGUCAAAUCCAGACUCACCAUUACGUCACUCGUAUUAAUCAAGAUUUUCUUCAGUGUGCUGUUUAUGAUUCUGAUUCUACUACUGCUCGUCUCAUCGGUGUGGAAUAUAUUGUGUCGGAUCGGAUCUUUGAAUCGUUAGCUGCUGAGGAACAAAAGCUUUGGCAUUCUCAUGCGUACGAGAUUAAAGCAGGUUUGUGGAUGAAUCCUAGAGUUCCUGAGAUGAUACAAAAGUCAGAACUGCAAGACCUGGCCAAAUCUUAUGGCAAGUUUUGGUGCACGUGGCAGGUUGAUAGAGGUGAUGUUCUUCCGCUGGGUGCGCCAUCACUGAUGAUGUCACCACAAGAAGUGAAUCUAGGGAUGCUGAAGCCUGAGUUGUUGAAAAGGAGAGAAGACAAGUAUAAAGUAUCAAAUGAAAGCCUGAUGCAGUCAAGGGCUGGGAUUGAGGUACCAGAGAAGAUAAAAACAAAUGCGGAUUACUGGAAGAAUGCAGGGAAAGGAUCCGCUAUUGAUAUCGAACAAACUCCUGAGAUGAAACUGAUUACUCCUUUUCCAUGAGCGAUUUGAUGUGUAGUUAAGAGUAGAACAUGGUAGAAUAAAAUCGGAUGUUAAAUGCUGAGAGUUGUACUGUGUUUUGUCGUGCAUUUCUGUCGUAUAUGUAUAUGGUUCCGUGUUUUGUACUCUUUAGUCAGCAUUAUGACUCGGUGUAGGCUAUUUGCAUUUCUAAUAUGGACGGCUUCCCUAGCGUUUGGGAGGGCUUUCUCAA